AUGUCUGAAAACGAGCUGGGGAAGAAAUGGGACCGCUGCCUGGCCGAUGCGGCUGUCAAGCUCGGCACUGGCCUCGGAGUUGGAAUCGUCUUUUCUGUCCUCUUCUUUAAAAGACAUACAUGGCCUAUUUCUCUGGGCUCUGGUGUGGGGCUGGGGAUGGCCUAUGCAAACUGUCAGAAUGACCUAAGAUCACAUUACAUGAUACGGAAAGCUGAAAAGGAGACAUAA